AAUCCUUCAUAAGUCUUCAUAAGCCCAUCAAGGCUGACGCCCGAUACACCCAGCCUUAACAGGUUGGGACUUUGAUUCACAAUCGAUAACGUGGACAACACAUCACCAUGGACUCCAACCAGGCACAACUCCAUCAUCGACUAUCCACACCCUCCUUCACGUUCAAUCUAGAUAGCAAGUUUAGAAGAGACUUCCCCCCUCGAUCAUUUGCGCCGGCCGUCUCCAUGAAUCCAACCGAGUCAUCAGCGAAGACUGAACAGGUCGGACUUGGGAUGUGGUCUUCUCCAACCCCUCAUACUGUACCAGGAUCUCGGCCAGCAACGAUACAUGACGCAGGAUUCUCCUAUUGCAUGCCUGAAGAAUAUACAUCCUUACCAGCAUGGGACUCUUCCACCAUGCCAAUGCAACUGCUCAGCGAGGGAUUCCCCCAGAUGUAUGAAGUACAACAAGAUUUGUAUUCUUCCUCAUCUAUUGGAGAACAUAAUUGGCCUUUAAAGCCCUGCGACGAUGGCUUGGACCUGCAAACUCUGGAUACGGACUUGAAUAUAGGCCAGGCAUAUACUACUGAUGAAGCUAUACCAAUCCUUGAUAUAGGAUACUCUGGAUCCGCAAUGGAUAGUGAUCGUCUUAGUCUCGAUCAAUCGCGCAGUUCGCGACGUAUGUCUGGCUCCUCUUUCACGAUGUCGACUACAGGUGCUCUCUCAGACAUGCCAUCAUAUGAAGACUUUUGCACAACAUUAUCAGAAGCACCAUCACUUAGUUCAGAUUAUCCACCGACUUCAAAUCGGAAUUCUCUUAUGUCAUCGACUCAAUUGUCACCUGUGGCCUCGCCGAGAAUGACCCCUCAAAACCGUUCUGAGUUGGUCCGCACACAUAGUCGAGGCCGAGCCUCUCCUUCGCCACGGCCAAGCAUGCGCUCAGCACCGUACAGUAUGGACAGCAGCCGGAGUAAGAGAUGGUCGACUGGGUCUUAUGCUCCUUCACAAAAUAGACGGCCAGCGCCCUUUGUUUUUCACCAAGGGCAUGAUACUCUCACUUCCCACACCUCGAAAAUAUCGAAGCGAUAUUCGGAUUCUCCAGCUCUCUCAAACAAACAACUUUCUUUUAACAUCAACAGUUUACAAACGCAGCAGCAGCCGUUUUUCAUGGCAAACCACGCUGGCUUCUCCCGGAAUAGCUUCCUUGUUCCGUCUCACAACUACCGCGAGCCUCACCAGUUCGACACCCCACCUCCACUUCUUUCAAACGGUCUCUUUCGAAUCUUGCAAAGCAAUGCAGAUUCUCUCACCUUGCCUUCACAAUAUACUGAUUUGAGCGACCCGCCUGACCUGUUUGCAUCUCUUCAUGAGGAACAGACUCCACCCCCGCCGGAGGAUAUGAAUCCGAGUGAUCCCGAUCUGAUGCCGCAUGAGCAAGAACUUCGCUUCGAUGGCGACCUCUACACGCCCCGUUGGGUUCGUGGCCAUGGAAAUAAGCGCGAGGGAUGGUGCGGGAUCUGCAAGCCUGGAAGGUGGCUUGUCUUAAAGAACAGCGCCUUCUGGUACGACAAAAGUUUUACCCACGGUAUCAGCGCUGCAACAGGCAGCCCAUUUCGAGAGCCUCAAGAAACUCGGCGCAUGGACGGUAAUCCUGAUGUUUGGGAAGGUCUGUGCGGAAGUUGUAACGAAUGGGUCGCUCUCGUGAGUAGUAAGAAGAAAGGAACCACUUGGUUCAGACAUGCAUACAAAUGCCAUACGCACCCAAAGAUUAAAGAUGCCCCGAAACGUCGCCGGGAAUCCUCCCAUACUCGUGCGCCGGGUGCUUUCCCCCCGGCAAAGCCCAAGCUGGAUACCCCAAUGACGCCGCAAAUGACCCCUAGCAACUCGGUGUCGAGUACACCGACGCCCGGAGUCUUCCAGCAGCGCCAAACGAUCAACUCUUUGGAGAAUCCUCCGGGGAUGAUUUAA